AUGUCUUCAGGCAGAAAAGUUAAGCCUUCGUAUGACUCUAUUCCUGAGUCGGAGAGAAUCCUCGCUCGUUCAGCAUCUGCUUUCGGACAAGAUGAUCUCGAGGCACUGAAAGUGAGCUUUCACCCAGCUAGCGAGUAUGAUAUUAUACCUGAUAUUAAAGUCACCAUUCCCGAACAAUACAUUCUCCCCAACAUUAAUCACGAUCUGCUUACUAGUCGAAACUUUAAUGUUGAAAAUUUCACCGAAAUUUCAGAUGGCCACGUUAAAACAUUUGUCGAUAAACUGCAUGAUGUUGUUAAGAAUUCAGGUGUUGAUGCAGGCACAAAUGAAUCUACGACUGACACUCUAGUAAACGAUCUGUUACUUCAUGUUACCGACUUUGAUAAUUGGCCCUUUAAAGUGAGACUUCAACCACCCCUCCAACUAAUCACGAAAUGCGAGUCGGUGACAGCAGAACCAGAAUUUGUGAUUAAUACGAACAAAAUUGUUUUGAUAGGUGUAGAGGAUAAACACCUGAAAAGUAGAAAACUCUAUGAACGAAGUCUUUUUGGAGAAGCACAAAUUGCUGGUGAAAUUCUUGCUGGUGCAAGUGACAAUGAAGCUAUUGAAAGUUACUCUACGGAUCAGGAAAUGUUUGCUAUUCGCGUCAUUUCUACUUAUGUUACAUUUUACCGAACUACAAUUUCCCCAUUAUAUUGGGAGGAGCUUGUUCGAGAUCGAGGUCUGCCAAAAGAGCAAUCGGUCGUGAUUAAAAGAUGGCCAGGGGAAAAUGGUAGAACUACUGGUCUAAAUCUUGCAGAACCAGAUGGAAGAAAAGCGGUGAUAACUGAUCUUAUCAAGAUUCGUCAACAUCUUUUAGGUGAAAAGUGA